GUGUUUACAGGCACGCCUCGCUCCCUAAACUCUAUCAAAACCACAGGGGUUCCGCUAAACGUAUCAUCAAUUCUGAGACACCGCCGCUCGGUAGUAGGUCUAGUCUGCAAAGAGAGGAACCAUUUUACAUCUAUAUAUUGAUAUACAAGGAGAUUGUAAACUAGUUAAUGUCAAGUUAAUUUGUCGUAAACGGUUGGAUAAGAAUUCAACACAAUGCAAUAUGUUAAUUUACCAGAAGAUGCAUGCAGAAACGGUUCCUCAGUGCAUGUGUGGUGUGGCUCUCAGGCUGUGGUGUGUGUGCUGAGUGGAGGAGGAGCCACCGAUGGAAAUGGCACCUCCCCCCUCCCCAACACCACGGAGACAAUCGCCGUGCUGGUCACCACCGGCAACAACAAAUGGAGCAACUAUAACUUUUGGGUGGGGCUGAGCCUGGCCGUGAUGUCGGCCUUUCUGAUUGGUGGAAGCGUGUUACUGAAGAAGAAAGCCCUCCUCCGAUUGGCUGAUACCGGACACACGAGAGCAGGUGAUGGUGGCCAUGGCUAUCUGAAGGACUGGCUGUGGUGGGGGGGUCUUCUCACUAUGGGUGCCGGCGAGGGGGCCAACUUUGCAGCGUAUAUGUUUGCUCCUGCUACCGUGGUUACACCACUGGGCGCUGGAAGUGUCCUUAUCAGUGCAGUUCUGUCCUGCUACCUGCUGGGGGAGACCCUGAAUCUGUUGGGGAAGCUGGGCUGUGUGCUCAGCCUGCUGGGCAGCACCCUCAUGGUCAUCCACGCCCCUGAAGAGGAGGAGAUCUCCACUCUGGAGCAGAUGACCCACAAGCUACUGGACCCAGGGUUCCUGGUGUACGCCAGUGUGCUGCUACUAAUCUGCCUGGUGCUCAUCUUCUACUUGUCUCCUCGCUAUGGGAACAGCAACAUCCUGAUCUAUAUCAGCAUCUGCUCUCUACUGGGCGCCUUCACUGUCUCCUCUGUGAAGGGACUGGGCUUCGCUAUACGCACAGUCUUCUUUGACGUCUCCGUAGCAGCCAACCCUCUGACCUGGAUCCUGCUGCUGACGCUAGUCUCCUCCAUCGUCAUCCAGGUCAACUACCUCAACAAGUCCCUGGACUCCUUCAGCACCCUUCUGGUCUACCCCAUCUACUAUGUGUGCUUCACCUCUGUGGUGCUGCUCACCUCUGUCAUCCUCUUCCAAGAGUGGAGCUCCAUGUCCGGGGUGGACGUGGUGGGGACACUGGGCGGGUUCCUGGUCAUCGUCCUGGGGGUGGCCAUGCUGCACCUGUUCAAGGACCUGGGGGUGACCCUAGAGGGGGUGGCCUGGAGGCUGUGUCAGCCGCUGGACAGGGAGGAAGGGGGGGAGGGGAUGGGGGAGGUGGGGGAGGCGAGGGUGAAGAGGGGGGAGGAUAAACAUACGCUGAUAGACAACAUGGUGGUGGAGAGUUUGCCCCCCAUGAGGGAGGAUGGGCCUAGGGUCUUCAUCAUCAGCUAGUUGUCUUAAUCCUCUUCAUUUUCCCUACCUUCAUAUUGAUAGUCCUUGUCAUCAUCCAGUGCCGUAGCGUCUUCAUUAGCAGCUGAUCAUAUUCCCCAUCAUCAUCAGCAGCAGCUGAGAUGACGACGGCGAUCCCAUUCAUGCCACCUUGCUUUCCUCGCCAUCUUCAUCAUCUUUUGAUGGUUUCCUCCUUCUUCAUCAUCAGGAGGCCCCCCUUCAUCCCUCUCUGCCCCCAAGCAGUGUGAAGAUUGCUCUAUAGAGAUGCACUUGAACUCAUGUAAAUAUGGCCAUAAAUAAUGUCUUUAAGGGGUUGUUAUGUUGCAGUGUUGAUGCACAGUAGGCAAUGAACAGUAGCUGGUGUACAGUAGCUGGUGUACAGUAGCUGGUGUACAGUAGCUGUAAAGGACUCAGGGUGUUGAAGAUCGGCUGGUCUCAAAAGAGAGCAGCAGUGAAGACACCAAGCUGGGAGUGACACUGUCUUCAGAUGCAACCACCAUGGAUCUGACCACUGAGACAACAUCUCAGGUCUCAAACACUACAGUUCUAGAACCAGAACGUCCUCUUACUGGAGUUAAAGGAUAAACACAUUCUGUUUUAGAACUGCUUUGGACCGUCCUGGCUGGUGUGUAAGAACCAUGCAUGGAUGCAGAAAGUUUUCAGGACCAAGAGGUUCAGGGUCGGACUUGGGUCAAUUUUAGUGAUCAGUUCCAGCCAGCCAGAGUAAUUCAGGAUCCGUUGAUCUGUGUGUAACUGGGCUUUUCAGGGUGUUAUGUGUUGGUUUGAAGUGACCCUAGUUCCUGGCAGUGUUCUUUGAUAGUAACCGACCCGAGCGUAAUCAGGAUUCUUCACAGGGAGGCUGACCGCAGAGGUUCCUGACAUGCUGAUGACGGAGGUCUAUGAAGCUGCAGGAUGACGAGGCUGCAGACCUCUGUCUAUGAGGUGUGGUGGUUCACCAGUAGUUCCUCCUGAAUAUGUUUUCAACAUUGCGUCCCAGAUGUUGUGUUGACCUGUUGAGGUCAUUGGUUAUAGUCACCUGACAGUCACCAUGAGUCGUAGAGAAGAUACUUCAGUAUGAUUAGAGAAUGGGUGAACAUCUGUAGAACUCACCAUUACUAGGCCCUACAUAGACCUCAUAGGUGUAAAGCUGUGUGCUGAAGGCAAUGUCUAUGAUGUCACAGAUGGUACUGUACCUGGUCUAUGAUGUCACUGAUUGUACUGUACCUGGUCUGUGAUGUCAUGUAUUAUACUGUAACUGGUCUAUGAUGUCGCAGUUGAUACUGCAGGCCCUUGUCUAUGAUAUAAAAUAGCUAUGGAAGACUGGCCUCGCCUGCAUUGGUUUUUGAAAGAGCUGGUAUUAUCCACACUUAUCAACAAGAAGAGCUAGGUGUAUUUAUUUGAUAUGUCUGUGAUGAGAACACGCAUGUCAUAUUACUCUGUUGGUCAUUAAAACACUCUGGCUUGA